GAAGUGGUAAGUCGCUGGUCUAGAAUGGUAGUUCACAUAAACUUAGCUCACUUUAUUUAUUUAUUCGUGUUGCUAAAGUGAUAAAUAAGGAUGUUAGUGAUUUAAGAAGGAUACUGUCAGACGCUGGUGGCAUACUGAGCUCUUCAUCAUGUCUACAGGAGCACUACAGCUGCUGCUGUUGGCCUGUUUUACUUCUCCAUUCAUUGCAGCAAUUAAUAGCCACUUGUUGACGGCUCCACAUCCCAACGUGUUAGAGAUUGGCACCAACUUCACAGCAUCUUGUAUGAUCAUCAACACCACUGAGGUCACCUCUGAUGACCUCUACUGGAUUGCUUCCGAGACAACUGUGCCUAAAGAGCAGUACACCAAAGUCAACAAUACUACCCUCAAUGUAACCAUCCAAGUCAGUGGUGAAAACUCUGAAGAAUGGUUGUUCUGCCGUAGUCGAAAGGUGUCCAACUAUGUGGAAUUACACGAGGCCGAUUUUGUCCAUGCCAUCCUUCUGCGCAAAGCCUAUUCUCCAAUGAAGCCUGAGAACCUGUCGUGUAUUGCUCUCCUGAAGGAAGACAAAAUCGCGGCAACUGUAACCUGCAGCUGGAACACAGUGGGACGUCAAAUAAACAAAUAUCCUACAAUGUACACACUACAUUUCAAAAUACAUUGGAUGGACAUAAACUACAAUGUGAAGACUAAUGAGACAAGUGCCACAGUGUCUAUGGAUGUUUUUCCAUUUUAUAUGGAAGUGCACAUUUGGGUGGAGGCACACAACAUUCUGGGAGUGGUCCAAUCGGACGUUUUAAAACAUAACGCUGAUUCCUUUGUAAAACUGCCUCCAGUAGAUGUGAUGAUCUUGUCAGAAAGUAGUUUUCCCACCACCCUGCUCCUGAACUGGAGUCGUCCCAUUGCAAAACAAUACUCAGCUGUAAUAACAUACGAAAUCAGAUACUGUCAAAGUGGAGCAAACACCUGGACAGAUGUACCUACUGCUGACAUCAGAGAAGACAUUGAAUCCUUCAGAAUCCAAGACCUUGUGCCUGACACAGUUUAUGUGAUUCAGCUUCGUUGCAAAAAGAAAAAUGACUAUGGUUACUGGAGUGACUGGAGCACCAAUGCCACCCAGCGGACACUGGAGGACCGGCCAAAAAGUAAACCCGAUUUAUGGAAAUUUAUUUCUGAUGGCAACGAUACUGGUGAACGAAGAGUCCAGAUAUUCUGUAAGGAUCCCCUGUCAACCAACGGGAAGAUCCUCAGAUUUGACGUGAGCAUUCAGGAGCACAAGGAUAAAGCCAUGAUUCCAGGCAGUAAGUUGGAGUUGAGUGUUCCAGUUAACAGGUCUGACGACAGCACCACCCGGAGGCCAGUAACCGCCCUAAAGGAGAUUCUUCUAAAAGACAAGACAGCUGUCAGAGUGCUCGUCUUUGCCAUUAACUCUGUGGGAAAGUCUCCCAGAGCAUCACUAAUCAUCCCUGAAAAAGAACGCGUGCUCCCCCGAGUGGAGAGUAUGAGGGCGUGGCCCGAUGAUGGCAAACUGUGGGUGGAGUGGAAGGCUCCCAAUGAUCACCAUGUGACAGAGUAUGUGGUGGAGUGGGUCACUGGUGAUGUGAUAGACUGGCAGAGGGAGAACAGAAAUACUACAAAAACGUUCAUUAAAGGUGAUCUGCAGAAGUUUGUCCGCUACACUGUGUCUGUAUACCCGCUGCAUAAUGAUUGGCCAGGAUCGUCAGCCAGUGUGCAAGCUUAUCUAGAAGAAGGCGCUCCUCUUCAGGGCCCCAGUGUUCGUCUAAAGGGUAAACCAGGUCGCAGUGAGGCUGAGCUGGUCUGGUCGAUUCCCCAGAGCAGUCUACAAGGCUUUAUCAGAACAUACAUCAUUUCCUACACGUCUGGAAGUGAAGUCCACUCUGUAGUGGUUCCUUCCAACACUACCACCUACACACUGACCUCAUUGAUUGGCAACACCAAGUACGACGUCUGGGUCACUGCGACCACCACUGUGGGCUCCACAGAAGGCAACAGUCACUCGUUCACAACUCUGAAAUAUGCGCCAGGAGAGAUUGAAUGGAUCGUGGUUGGUGUGAGUUUUGCCUUCCUGUUUGUGGUCAUCAUGACGGUGUUGCUCUGUACCUACAAGAAAGACAUGAUCAAGAGAAACUUCUGGCCAGAGAUUCCAAACCCUGGAGAGAGCACCAUUGGAAACUGGUCUCCAGACUAUUCUUUGAGAGCGGAAGCACCAAAGGAGAACUGUCUUUCUGGCAUCAGUGUACUGGACGUGGAUGCAUGUGAUGAGAAGUGUGUGUUUGAGGAAGACAAGCCCGGUCUACCGCUGAAGAAGGACAAGUAUCUGUCAGAGGAGCACAGCAGCGGCAUCGGCGGGUCGUCCUGCAUGUCCUCGCCUCGUCAGAGCGUGUCCGACAGUGAUGAGGGCGGCGACAUUGCAGACACCACAGCCAGCACUGUGCAGUAUUCCUCAGUGGUGGCCUCCAGUGGUUACAAAGGUCAGACACCAAACUUCCAGCCUCAGCCGUCACAGACGGUGUUUUUGCGCUCGGAGUCCACUCAGCCCCUGCUGGACUCUGAGGAGAACCCAGACCUGUCGCAGGAGGGCAGCCGACAGUCGCAGUGCUUCCUCCGACACGCUGCCGGAAACCGCAACAGUUUCAAUCAGCUACUGGAGACGGAGCAGCCGGAAGACCUGGAGAAUCUGGACUUCUGUCCACUGGAGGAGGACACGCAGCAGCUGUCCUCUGAGGACCAGGUCACCGAACACUGUUCAGCAUCAGGUCCGCCCUCCAGCUACACACCUCAGCUGGGAGGCUACAGACCCCAGUGAGAACAGAGAUAAAACGCUACAAAAUAUUCACUCGUGGGUCAUUAGCUUUCAAAACUUAAAAAAAAUCUUGGACGCACGUACGUGGACGCUCUGCGCUGCACUGAACAUCCAACAGGAUACACUUGAAAAUGUCUUCAAGGUGUGAGCUGCAGUAGCUCCCUCCUGUGGAGGUUCAACAUUACAGUAUAGUUUAAGCUGACAUAUGUAUUAAGUACAUGUAAAUAGACUGUACAAAAAUGUACAAAAAAAAAAAACAGACAUGCCCUGCUGGGGAGAUGUCUGCAUGUUAAUGUUAAUAACACUUGGAAUGUUGUUUUUAACCAGGAAUCAAGCCAAACAGAUGUAUGUAACAUACAUCUGGGGAAUAUUUGAACUAGUAGUGAGACAUCAUUACAAAAAAUGACCUGUUUAUUUAGAAGCUUGGUUAUUAAUCAAUUUUAAUCCAGGUAGAGUUGACAAACAAAAAUGUACAUUUUUCAUCUUUGUUUUUUAGUACAUUUUUCCUCACUACUACAUUCACAGACUAGUCCAGUGACAGCCAUUUUAUUGAACAUUUGAAGACUUCUUUGGCUUUGAACCCAGUCAUCUGGUACAUUAGCUCUUGUGUUUUAAUCUGGACCAGCUGAUACUGUAGACUUGUUGUACCUAAUGUACAUGAGAAAAACAAAUGUGCUCCUAUCCAUACAAAUUUUUAACAAAUUACAUUUUUAACAAACAACAGUUUAAACACGAGACCUAAUUUAAGCGUAUUGAUCUUGUACUUUACGAGUAACCCCGAAAACAUGUACAUACAGUAGCUGAUCAAUUUAUCACUUGUCAUUGUCUUUCUGGCCCGAUGUCUUACUUUCAAAUCAAGCUAAUUUUUGAGUGCCUGAUAUAUAACACAAGAAAUACAGACUUUGUGCAUUAGCUGCGUUUUUGCUCCCUCUACUGGAGCAUGCAGUGAGUACUGCAAAAAUCAUCAUUCUUCUUAAAUAGUUUGAACCUUUGUGUUUAAAUGUAAAAUGCCACGGUUCUGCAAAUAUUUGAAUGUGCCUGUUGACUUUUGCUGGAUCACACAGAAACUCUUCUUCAGACAUCCUGAGACUAGGUAUAGAAUAUUCCCGUCUUGGGCAAAAAGUGACAGCCAUAUAAGAGACUUGUGUGAGGUUUGGUUUUCAAGAGACAUGUUGUGAUUCUGCAGGUCUACAGACUGUUUUUAAAAACUCUGAAGCUGAGGACCCUGAUGGACUGACCAUGUGAUGUAUAGACUAAUGCCAGUGUUUUUCGUGUCAAAGAUUUCAAAUAAUAUCAUGUCCUUUUUGUGUCUUUUGUUCGUUUGUCUGUAAUCAUUUCAUGUCUGCAGCUUAACUUUGUCGCUGACAUUUUUUUUUUUUUUUAAUAAUUUUGAUAUUUUUCCAAGAGAUGGAAGGAAACUGACAGAACAAGGUUACCUCCUUUUUUGGAAACUUCUGGGUGUAUUCUCCCAUAGACCUGUUUUUCCGGCAUCUUAUUGGCCGUCAGGUCUUUAUACUGUUACAUCACAUGCUUCUUUUGACUGCCCCAGGAAGCAUUUCAAUGUGGAGGGAGAUAAAUAACAAGUAUUGACUAAGAAAGGCACUUGUGUGCAUAUGGAUGAGGCAUUAAAAUGCUCAUUUCACCUGUGAACGUCCUCAGCUUCGCUUACUAUGUACAUUAAAAAUGUAGCAGUGAACGCACCUUUAUUACAAUCACAACACAUGUCUAGUAUUUAUCAGCUCCUGCCAAUAACUGUCAAUGUUUAAAAGAUGAAAUAAAUGUUGAACUGACUCUGCUAA